ACAGAGCAGCACCAAGGUGACAUCGCCGUUCCUAAAGAAGAGGAGAUGGACAAGAUAAGAAAAGAGGUCUUCCUCGAAGGACUUCAGGUGGAAGAAGAAGGGCUGUCCCCUGUGCAGAGGAAGCGGCUGCUGAGGCCGAGGCCGAGGACGACGGUCAAACCACUCAGCAGGAAGAGAAGAGCAGCAACGGCGAGGAAGGACCGGGUUUGGGAGUACGGUGUCAUACCCUACGAGAUCGACGGAAACUUUUCCGGAGCUCACAAAGCGCUUUUCAAGCAGGCCAUGCGCCACUGGGAGAACUUCACCUGCGUCAAGUUUGUCGAGAGAGUACCAUCGGAGCAUCCCAACUUCAUCGUGUUUACCGAGCGACCAUGUGGUUGCUGCUCAUUCGUCGGCAAAAGAGGAAAUGGCCCCCAGGCGAUAUCCAUCGGCAAGAACUGCGACAAGUUCGGCAUCGUCGUCCACGAACUGGGACACGUGGUUGGGUUCUGGCAUGAACACACCCGCCCAGACCGAGACAACCAUGUACUCAUUGUCAGGGACAACAUCAUGACAGGUCAAGAAUACAACUUCAACAAGCUCACAGAAGAGGAGGUCAACUCGCUAGGUCUUCCAUAUGACUACGAUUCCAUAAUGCACUACGCUAGGAAUACUUUUUCAAAGGGUACUUAUCUCGAUACGAUUCAACCAACUGAUUACGGAAAGAACAAAAGGAGACCUGAGAUAGGUCAAAGGCUGAGGUUGAGCGAAGGGGACAUUGCACAGACAAAUCUACUUUAUAAAUGUCAACGUUGUGGUAGGACUCAUCAAGAGAAUUCGGCUACUAUUACUUCUCCAAUAUCCAGACAUGAAAGUGAAAGGUGUGAGUGGCGUAUUAUGGCCACUCAUGGCGAACGAAUAGUUCUAAACAUCACUGAUUUGGACUUGUAUAAGAGCGAGAACUGCCGUUCAGACUACUUAGAGGUGAGGGAUGGUUACUGGCACAAGAGCCCUCUAUUAGGAAAAUUCUGUGGAUCAAAAAGGUCGUAUGAACCAAUCAUAUCAACAGGUAGCAGAAUGCUUCUCACAUAUAUCACCAGUAUGAAAGGAGCCGGCCACAAAGGAUUUGUAGCUCAUUAUGAAGCUGUUUGUGGGGGCAAUAUAUUUGUUGAUGAAGGUGGUCAUCUAGAAUCACCGAAUUAUCCAGAAGAUUACCAGCACAAUAAAGAAUGCAUUUGGAAGCUCACUGCUCCAAGGGAUUAUCAAGUCGCUGUUAAAUUUCAUAGUUUUGAGGUGGAGAAGCAUGACAACUGCUUCUACGAUUACGUUGAGAUAUUGGAUGGCCAUGAUCCUGAUUCAAAAGUCAUUGGCAAAUACUGUGGCUACAAACUUCCACCUGAUGUUCAUUCAACUGGAAACCAACUCCUCAUCAAAUUUGUUUCAGAUGGUUCAGUUCAAAAGGCUGGAUUCUCUGCAGCAUACAUGAAAGAAUAUGAUGAAUGUAGCCUGACAGAUCACGGAUGUGAACAACAAUGUGUCAAUACCUUAGGUGGAUAUGAAUGCGCUUGUAGAAUAGGAUUUGAACUCCAUUCCGACAAUAAGCACUGUGAAGAUGCUUGCGGAGGAACUUUAGAAGCCCCAAAUGGUGCACUAACCAGCCCAUCAUUCCCAGAUCUUUACCCUGGAGAUAAGACAUGUGUUUGGGAAAUUAUAGCACCACCUCAAUACAGGAUCACUCUUAACUUUACACAUUUUGACCUCGAAGGAAACAAUGUAUUACAGCAAGAGUGUGAAUAUGAUAGUGUAGAAGUGCAUUCCAAAUUGAGUGCAGAUGUACUCCACAGGCACGGUGUCUAUUGUGGUACAAGGCUUCCUCCAAUGAUAACAUCUGAAGCUAAUGCUCUCAGAAUUGAAUUUUCCUCUGAUUCAUCAAUCCAUAAAACUGGUUUCGCAGCAGUAUUUUUCACAGAUAUGGAUGAAUGCGCUGUCGAUAAUGGAGGAUGCCAACAUGAAUGUCGGAACACACUUGGAUCAUAUGCUUGUUGGUGCCAUAAUGGAUACACUUUACAUGAAAAUGGGCAUGAUUGCAAAGAAGGUGGCUGCAAACACGAAGUACGGGCUCCGGUUGGAACUGUGUCAUCACCAAAUUAUCCUGAAAAUUAUCCUUCUAGAAAAGAAUGUGUAUGGCAGUUUACGACAACUCCGGGUCAUCGCAUAAGAUUGACAUUCACAGAAUUUGAGUUGGAACCACACCAAGAAUGUGAAUAUGAUCAUGUGGCUCUAUAUGAUGGAGACAGCGCUGAUGCUAUGAGCCUAGGAGUCUUCUGUGGCUCAAAACUGCCACAUCCAAUCAUAGCAACUUCAAAUCACAUGUAUAUGACAUUUAAAUCAGAUGCAAGUGUCCAACGAAAAGGAUUUUUAGCUAUACAUGCAACAGCAUGUGGUGGACGUUUGACUGCAACAUCAAGAGUAAAACAUCUAUAUUCACACUCAAAAUAUGGAGACCAUAACUAUGAAAAUAGAGCAGAUUGUGAUUGGACUAUUGAAGCGAAUCCUGGACAACUAAUCCAUUUAACAUUCCUCACAUUUGAACUAGAAGAUGAAGGUGACUGUAUGUAUGACUAUGUUGAGGUGUUUUCUGGCCCAGACACAAGCGGACCCUCUUAUGGCAAAUUCUGUGGAAACACCAAUCCCACGGAUGUAUUGUCAGUGACAGAGUCUCUGUUAGUAAGGUUUAGAUCUGAUGAUACUGUGGUGAGCAAAGGAUUUUCUGCAUCAUAUGUGGCUAUCGACCAGGUGAGCGGUGAACUACUUUCAACAGAAGAUUCAACAGAUUCACUUUGGUAG